AUCAUCUAAACGUGCAAACCACCUCAAUUCACCGUUAAAGAGGAGGGGAGAGGAAAAGAAAAAAUAUCGGAUUACCCUUACCUCCACAAUUGCCCUCUGUCCUAUGGCAAAUAGAUGGCUGUCCCUUCCAAGUCUUCGCUUCUGAGCCUGAAGACGCCACAACUCAAGUUUCUGCUUAGGAGUCUGGGACUCGAGAUGGGUGGCACGAAGGAGCAAAUGGCUUCGCGGAUCACCUCGCACAAGGCUGCACCACUAGCUUCGCCGAGACGGGUGGUCAGUAUUGACAUGGGGAUUCGGAAUCUCGCCUUCUGUUUUAUAGAGUUGCCUAGUCCUUGGAAGAAGCUGGCUCGGCCAAAGGUAUUGGCCUGGGAGCGGAUAUGCAUCCCGCCCACAGAGACUGGGAAGACUCCGCCAGGAAUGGAGAUUUGGAACAAUACAAAGGUACCCGCGGAUGGGGAGGAAGAUGAGGUGAGUGCGGAGGAGGAGGAGGAUGAUGAAAAGAGGGAGAAGAAGAAGAAGGUGGUGGCCAAACCGGAGGCUAGGAGGACGAAGAUGUCACAAUUUGUGGAGGAAUUGAAAGGACUUAUCCCCGGUCUGAGUCCUGAGGUUCAGGCAAGGAAGAGGAAGAAAUCACAGGCAACUGGGACGUCUGUGGGGAUGGGGCAGGUGGCUACAUACAGCAAUUGGGGACAAACACUCACGGAACGAUUAAAAAUGACGGGCAAGGCAGGAUCAAUGGAAUCAACCCAAGAAAGGUUGGGGAGUAACCGUCGUUUCGGGGAGGGUUCUACCGCAAUGGAAGAGCAGCCAGACCUCGAAUCAGCCUCAGCAACUACAAAGCCGUCCUCCUCCAUCUCGGUGAAGAAACGGAAACCCCAGGACCUCGACGAACUCCGACAAAUCCUGGCCGAAACCUUGGCCGAGCGCGAUGCCAACCCACCCUCAAAGCCCAUAAAAGAGUCCUUCGAGCCCGCAAUAUUCGCUGUGCACUCCAAUAACUUCUGCCGCAGUAUCAUUCAGCGUUUCCCACCCUUGGAUGCCAUCCUGAUCGAGCAGCAGCGGAUAAAGUCUGGCGCCGGUAUCGCCAUGGUGGAAUGGAUCUUCCAUGUUAACCGCUUUGAGGGUAUGAUACAUGCCACCCUGCGCUGUCUGCGCGACCAGAAGAAGACCUCCGCUACUGUCGAAAGCAUCAGUCCCGCGCGCGUCAUGGACUACUGGAUCGACGAGGACAUCAAGGUUAUGAGUCGCGUGCGGAGGCGCACCGCCAGUGGGGAAAUGGCGUACGUCGAGAGGAAGGUUAGUGGGCCGAGUGGGACCAAGAUGAAGAAGAUCGCCCUGGUCAGCGAGUGGAUUGAGAAAGGGGUGAUGUUUGACGUCGCUGAGGGACUCAAGGACAUUGCCGAUCACUUUAUGCCCCCUUCAGCCGGCAUUAAGAAAAAGGUUGUCAAGUUGGAUGAUCUGGCCGAUUGUCUUUUGCAGGGGCUGGCUUGGGCCGAAUGGCAGGAGAAUAGAAGGAAGUUGGCCGAGGGUACUCUCCUAGACGAAUUGGAAAUGAGUACUGAAAAGUGAUUCGGGCAUUCUCUUUUUAACAGCUGAUGAUGCUUUUUUUUCUUUUUCCUUUCUCCAGGUCUUUUUCAGGUAUUGUAUCAUGAAUCUGGUCAGUAUUAUAGGGGAGAUAUUAGAUGUCCCGCUAUUACUGUUGGGGAAAAGGAAAAAACCUCAACUCCGAAUUCUAUACGACUAUGUACAAACUAGAAAUACGCAUGUAUAAAAAAAUAGCGGAUAGAAACUACGAUAGUGAACAGCAAAAUGCCCAUCGGGGAGGGGGAGGGGUUAAGAUGCGGCGGCGGUUGACGGCUGUGGGGAGCUUGUUGGAGGGGUUUGGGUUGAGAGUCCUCUCCAAGUGCUUAUCUUGUUCAGCAUCCCCUCGCUCUUUUGCGCUGCCCCCUCUGUAAGCUGAGUGAUGUUCAAUGCGGGGUUCGCGCGAGCCUUCUUGACCUCCUCGUCCAGCAUGAUCUCCUUCCCAACCCUCUCCUCCGCCGCCCAGAACUCGAAGGAUUUCUCCCUUAGAUCUUUAUUCCCCAACACCGUUUGUCGCAAUAAGUUCUCAGAAUGCAGCCUAGCGUAGACAAGUUCGGAAGCCUUAUUCAGAGUCUCCAGCUUCUCUUGCACACGGAGUCCAUCUAGGCCCGCAGUCCACCUCCCAGUUCCCGUAAGAAAGAUAACAUAACCCAGCCAAGCGUCCACAAACGCAAUCCCAACUCCACGCCAAAGGAUCAACCUCCAGUGCGUCCAGACCACGUCUGCGGGCAGCUUGGCCAACGUGUUAGCGUUGUGAUCCGAUGCCGAAAAUCCAACCGAGUACAGCUCCACUAAGAACAGUGCGAGUCCAGCAACCGUAGCGUGGGUCCUCCACACACGCCCGAAGGGGGAGAAGUAAGAAGAUGUAACAAUUCCAAGCACAGCUAUAUGCAGAAGGUGCGGUAGCGCAAGAGUGGGCAAGGCAUAAAAUAUGUAGGUAUUAGCUUCUUCCAAGCUACACCACGAACACUCCACCAACGGCUUCGGACCGAAGUUAGCGUACAUCAGCCUUGCCUCCUUCGACACCAAGCGCGCACGGAGUAUUUCAUCAUCGGGUGUAGUUUCCCGGAUCUUGGAAAGCCGGUGGAAGAGAAUGUCUGUAGGGAUCUGCAAUCUGGAGCCGGUCUUUUGGAAGAUGUUUUCUGGAGCGAAGAAUGGAAGGGUGGAGAGGAGGGCGACUACUCCAGUUACGAAGAGGAUGUUUAGGAUACGGUGGGUGCCCGGAGUGAGGACUCUCGGGGGACCGCGGAGUUUUGUGGAUUGGUAGAAGGCAUUCCCACGCGAAUAGAUUAUGGGCCCUAACAGGACGAGAAAGGCCUGUAUUGUUGACCAGGAGACCAUGGCGAUGGAUGUUUGUGUUUUAUCAGAUAGGCUGAUAUGAGACUCGGGAGUGGGUAGUGUAGGCUGGUUAUGAUGGUAGCGGAGGCGGUCGUUAGUGGGGGGAGAGAAGGGGGUGAACUCCAAGUUUUAACGGA